AGAUUGCAAAAAAAGUCAAAAACAAAGUAUUCUUUUUUUCAUUUUAGUGGUAUAGCUGCUCUUGCAUUAGUCAAUACAAAUGCAGCAGCUGCUACUGGAUUAGUGACAUGGGUAGUCCUCGAUGCUAUUCGUGGUCAUGUAUCUAUUUCAGGUGCUUGUGUUGGUCCAAUAAUAGGUCUUGUAGCUGUGACACCAUCAUGUGGAUUUGUUCAACCUGGAUGGGCAUUGCUUAUUGCUUUUAUUGCAACAGUUGCCAUCUAUUUUCUUCUAUUAAAUAAACAUCAUCUGCAUUUCGAUGAUGCAUUAGAUGUUGCUAUUAUUCAUGGAUGUGGAGGUAUAUUAGGUACGUUUAUGGCUGGUUUGUUUCCUGAAAAGUCAGUCAAUCCAAUAUACGGUGCUGAUGGUGCUUUCUAUGGACGACCGAUUCAAUUAUGGUAUCAAGUUGCAGGCAUUCUUACUGCUAUUGGUUUUGCUACUGCGUGUACAACUGGUAUUCUUCUACCUUUGGAGUGGAUAAUGGGUAUUCGCUUGGCUAAAGAGGAUGAACUCGAAGGACUCGAUCUAACAGCGCAUGGUGAAGGUUGGGAAAUAGCUGCAUCACGAGCUAUUGGUGACCUCGUAAAAACAAUAUUAGAAGAACAAGCGGUUAUGAAAGCAAAUGGUGAAGACACUGGAACUUUUGAAUUACGUUACAAACCCAAAGAUCCAAAUAAAAAGACAUUGAAAAUCCGUCUCUUGAAACAAAAAGAAUCAGCCAAUGUUGGACUUGACUUUACUCCAGCAAAUAAUAAUCAACUACCCCAAAACUCUAACGAAGCAGAUUUUAGUGACGAAGAAACCAAUAGCUAA